AUGAAUUUUAUAAAGUUAGGCUUUUUCUUAUGCUAUCUCUUAAGUGUCGCUUUAGUUUUUGCUAAGAUAGAUAUCAUACAAUCAGACUAUGGACGAGAGAAGUGCAUCUCAAGCGAAGCAAAAUUGUUAGAUAAAAAAUUUUAUGGAAAAUCAUGCGGAGGUGAAAAUGUAUUACCAACAAUAGAAUGGAUAGAUAAUAAUGAUAUGACAAAGUCUUAUAUCAUUACAUUAAGUAGUUUUGACAAAUCAGAUAUAGUUUAUCAUCUCUUAGUAUGGAAUAUACCUUCAUAUAUAAAUAUAAUAAAUAAAUUUUCAAUUUUUGAUGAAAAUAAAUCUCAAGUUGGUACAAAUACAUUUAAUAAAAAAAAUUAUCAAGGACCUUGUUAUGCAUCAACGAAUACAGAACCCACUGGAUGUUUGAAAUUGACUUUGUAUGCGUUAAAAAAGGAAAGAAUCGAAUUAUCUGAGGAUGCGGAUUACCAUGAGCUGAUGUCUUAUCUUAGAGCAAUGAGUAGAAAGGAAAAUAUAAUAAUAGAUGCAAUAUCGAUGUAUUCUGUUUUUAUUCCCCAAAAGAGUUGA